AUGGCUGCACAAGACCCUGGGAAACAAAGAGGGAUCAACGCUGUUUCUGCGUAUUGGCUGUUGGAUGAGGGACAAGCCAGGGCUGGAGUCGAUUUGGCAAAUAUAGGCCAUGAUAAUGAGGGGUUUGGAGAUUGGGUUGAGGUGAAUGGUGGGCCUUGGGGAUGUGGGCUCAGAGAACCCGAUGUCUGGCGUCAAAGACCUGCUCCCAUCUCAUCACAUCCAACGGCCCAUUUCCUUGGACAUGAACAAUGCCACUCCCAUCCAAACAACACUUACGCGCACAAUGACCCAUCCUCCCUCCAUCCCGACGGCUCCACACCGGAGACGCUCUGCAAAAUCGAUGCUGUCCAACUAGUCUGGCUGCAAGUCACCAUGGAUACCGCACUCGUCGUAUGCGGUAUAUUCCUUGCUGAACGAUGGGGUGCCCAGUUUAUCCUGUUGUGUGAUCUUGUGUCUAGGGUCUUCGUGAGCGCGUGGGCUCUUGUCGUUGGUGAGUGCGACUACGGCGUUGAUCGGACUGGGAAGCGCGGUCCUAGGGCUUCUUUUUUUGGUAGGACACUGCAUCCGCUUACUGCCAACGCAGAUGAUACUCACUGGCCCCUUUUUGAGGGUGUGGGGUGGGGAGUGCGUGUUUCGAUCUACGGUGUUUACCCUGACUACAGCGAUCAUGUGCUAUCCAGGUUGUGCGGCUGCUUUCAAAUCCAGAAGACGUCUUUUGCCUCCUUUGCGCCCAUAGAAAUCCCAGUCUCUUCAGAGGAUGUCGAGCCGCUGCUCGGCAACAGAAGCAAUAGUCCAGCCCCAGUAGCAAAACGCCUUUGCAUCGCCGUCGAGCACAUUCCCAAGCAUUACCGAUGCCUACGUAUGCGGUGCGUCAAGCCAGCAACAAACACGGUAAACCGCAUCAUGGCGGGCUACAUACUCUCCGCAAAAGCCCUUGUAAACUUUGACCUGCUCGCCAUUGCAAUCUUAUAG